AUGUCUGAGCGAGGCGCAUUCCGGGGUCGAGGCGGAGGUCGGGGCGGCGACCGCGGGGGACGCGGUGGCGGUCGUGGCGGUGCACAAGCGGGCGGUGCGGGCGGACAGACUGAGCGCCCGAAGAAAGAGAACAUUCUUGACCUGAGCAAGUACAUGGACAAGCAGAUCACCGUCAAGUUCAGUGGCGGACGUGAAGUCAUUGGCACGCUCAAAGGCUACGACCAGCUCAUGAACCUUGUCCUGGAUGAGGUCAAAGAAGCCCUGACUGACGAGGACGGCAACAUCCGGUAUCGCAAGCUUGGUCUGAUUGUCGCGCGCGGCACUCUUCUGGUCGUCAUCUCGCCCGUCGACGGAAGCGAAGAAAUCCCGAACCCGUUCAUACAGGAGGAGGAAUGA